UCGACAUUAGAGCCACUGAGCCCACUCCUCACCAGAGGGAACAUUCCUCCCAGACAUUACUAAUCAAACUUCCUCCUGCUGUAUUCUGGGUCACCUCCGCAGCAGCAUCACCGCUGGUUCUGGGGACUGAGUCCAGAGAGCCCAGUGCUGGAUUGGACCGCAUUGUGGGAGCAGACUUGGACGGUAGCAACAGCAUCGAGCAGGUUGUGGGGUGCAGAUCGAGUAGCUGCAGGAUGGCUACUUUACCAGGAACAGUGCCUCGGAUGGUGCGCCCUGCGCCGGGCCAGAACUACCCCCGAACCGGCUUCCCUCUGGAAGUGUCCACCCCGCUGGGUCAGGGGAGGGUCAACCAGCUCGGCGGCGUGUUCAUCAACGGGAGGCCGCUGCCGAACCACAUCCGCCACAAGAUCGUGGAGAUGGCGCACCACGGCAUCCGACCCUGCGUCAUCUCGCGCCAGCUCCGGGUCUCUCACGGCUGCGUGUCCAAGAUCCUCUGUCGGUACCAGGAGACCGGCUCCAUCCGCCCCGGUGCCAUCGGAGGCAGCAAGCCCAGACAGGUGGCCACUCCGGACGUGGAGAAGCGGAUCGAGGAGUACAAGCGAGAGAACCCGGGCAUGUUCAGCUGGGAGAUCCGGGACAAGCUGCUGAAGGACGGGGUGUGUGACAGAAGCACGGUUCCUUCAGGUGAGGCUUCAUCUGUGAGCUCCAUCAGCCGCGUGUUGAGGGCCCGAUUUGGCAAAAAAGAUGACGAGGAUGACUGUGAUAAGAAGGAUGAAGAUGGAGAGAGGAAAACAAAGCAUAGCAUCGAUGGCAUCCUCGGUGAUAAAUGUAACCGCACCGAUGACGGCUCAGACGUAGAUUCGGAGCCCGACCUGCCGCUGAAGAGGAAGCAGAGACGCAGUCGCACCACGUUCACUGCAGAGCAGCUGGAGGAGCUGGAGAAGGCCUUCGAGAGGACGCACUACCCCGACAUCUACACCAGAGAGGAGCUGGCUCAGAGGACCAAGCUCACAGAGGCCAGGGUGCAGGUGUGGUUCAGCAACCGACGGGCUCGCUGGCGCAAACAAGCCGGAGCCAACCAGCUCGCUGCCUUCAACCACCUGCUUCCCGGAGGAUUCCCGCCCACUGGGAUGCCCACUCUUCCCACCUACCAGCUACCAGAGUCCAGCUAUCCCAGCACCACGCUAUCGCAGGAGGGCAGCAGUACACUGCACAGACCCCAGCCUCUUCCUCCGUCCUCCAUGCACCAGGGAGGUCUGAGUGCUGACACCAGCUCGGCUUACGGCCUGUCGUCCAACCGCCACAGCUUCUCCAGCUACUCUGAGACCUUCAUGAGCCCCUCGGCGUCCAGCAACCACAUGAACGCGGUGGGCAACGGCCUUUCCCCGCAGGUGAUGAGCAUCCUGAGCAACCCCAGCGCCGUACCCUCCCAGCCCCAGCACGACUUCUCCAUCUCCCCCCUACACAGCAGCCUGGACAGCUCCAACCCCAUCUCUGCCAGCUGUAGUCAGCGCACAGACACCAUCAAGAGCGUGGACAGCCUGGCGUCCUCCCAGUCUUACUGCCCCCCCACGUACAGCGCCACCAGCUACAGCGUGGACCCCGUUGCUGCCGGCUACCAAUACAGCCAGUACGGCCAGACUGCUGUCGACUACCUGGCGAAGAACGUCAGCUUGUCCACCCAGAGGAGGAUGAAGCUGGGAGACCACUCGGCUGUGCUUGGACUCCUGCAGGUGGAGACAGGGCAGGCCUACUGAAGUCUUCUGCUGACCGCCUCCAUCUUUGCUUCAUCAAGUCUGGAUCUCAGCAGGAAACCCUUGACAGUGCUCAUGCGCAAGGAGGACAAAACUCUUUAUACUUACACUUGGAGAGAAGCCCUGUGGUGGCCCCAGUGGAGCGGGCGUCAUUCCAGUACAUGUCUUGUGCUGUUGAAAACAUGUACACUGACUGAACGACUCGAAUGAACUGACUCUUCCGCUCCUUCCUUUUUGAUAUUGUUACAUUAACGUUGCUGUUAUUAUUGUCGAUGUGAUUUAUGUUAUUUUAUGAUUUGACUCGUAUCUUUUUUCCCUGCGUUUAAAUGUGUAAAGACACUGAGGAUGACUGACAGAUCCCCGGAGCCUGUUGUGUGUGAUUGUGCAUGUUUGCGUGUCGGCGCGGUCACACCAAGAAGAGGAUUGGUUCUCGAGUGCUGUUCCUCCGAGGGGUCCCUCAGCUCCGCCGAUGGCGAGUGAUUCGACCUUCCCACUUUGGUAGUUAUCAUGACAUUCCUGAACCGCUCGCUGGGAAGUCUGGCUGCAGGGAAUAUCAGCAGUUGUCUUGGCGGCCCGAGCUUUCCCCAGCUAACCUCUAUCCCAUCCUUAGCCGUGGCCCUUUGGGAGGCGCUAUUGUUUGUAAAAGCAGUGUUUUGUUUGGAAAUACGGAGGACUAACUGUCUCUAAAUCCCAUCUGGCUGGAAAUCCAAUGCAAAUUAACUGGAAGAUUAAAUCUAGGAAAUAAAAUGUCACCGCUAAUCCACAAUGACCCUUACCCCAAACGUAGCAGUGAAAGUAGCACUUGACAAAUGCACCUUCAGUUGGUGUUGAAAUCAAAGACCAUUCCUUGAAACAUUCUUUGUAAACAUUCCAAUGCUUCCUCUGGUGAGGUGAAGAAGUGCACAAGAUGUGCCGUUCACAUGCACUUUGGAAAAAUCAUAUAAUCCGAUCAGUCGUGAAAAGUCCAGAGCAACAUUCGACCUCCCUCUCCGGAGUUAACCAGGGUCAAGUUUAAUCCCCUGCUUUGACGUUCGUACUGAAAUGCACAAAAAAAAAGAAGAGAAGAACAGUGGACAGAGAACAUUGUUGCCUCCUGACAUGAUCCGGGACCAGCUGUUGCUGGGAUAUCUGCGGUUUUCUUCCCACUGGCAUCGGAGUUCUGGUGUCAACAGAAGUGUUAUCCUCAGACAGGAUCUGGUUUCGUUGGCCUUUCAAAUCUGUACAGUAGCAGGAGGAGUAUGUGUAUCAUUUGUUUAUAAAGAGUAUGUUUUAUACUAAAACAGAACUAUGUUGAGUGGACGAUGACUUCAGGGAUCAGUGGAUGUAAAGAAUUGAUCCAAGUUUCCUUAACAGGCUUCUUUUUUUAUGUUUUUUUGUUGAUAUUUAAUUGAGUUUUCUGUUCUGACCAAACGUUGUGUUUCCGGUUUUGGGCCCAGGUAUGAACAGAGAAACCUUUGUAUAAACUAGCUUUUGAAUUUGAGCGAGACCGAGCUCAGCGAGGCAGAUAAACUCCCGGACUGACAGCAGGAGCUCGAUAUGAGCGGCUGGUGACGCCACCUUCAUGAGUGUCUCAGAAAUUGCAGUUUGGGCUGCGGACCUUUUACAUGCCUUUUAAAGCGGGACUCAACGAUUCAGCGCGACGGCGAGGCUGACGACCGUCUCUCUGAUGAACCAUUUGUGGACCAACGCGACUUGAGAAGAAGAAGAAAAAAAACCCUCUUCUCAAAAUAAUGCUGACUCAGCUCUGAACCUUGGCCGCCGAGCUCUGCUCUGACGCACUCGUGUAUAUUUUGAAAAGAAGAUUUUAGAAUUGUCUUUAGUGUAUCAAGCCCAUUUCUAACACUUGCAUCAAUAAACAUUUGGAUAUUUAAAGCAUACAACUUCUUGCCCCUCCCCUCCUCCCCCUAAACCGUUUAGUUGCUUUUCUGACACCUGUGCUUUGCUUUCCACCUAUUUGGGUUCCGCAUGUGUGUAUAUUAUCAUGGUAUAAUUUAUUCUGCUGUAUGAAGUAUUAGAGUAGUGGGAAACUUGUAUUGGUAAUUACUACCUUCAGCCUGUUGGUGUGUUUACUGUAACACUGGCGUAACUGUUAUCAA